AUGGCUUCUGCAGACGAAGACAAUUUCGAUAUUGACAUCUACGGCGACGGCGAGGUGGAAAUGGGUAACGACGGAAACGUGGAUUACAAGCCAGAGGACGAGGAGGAUAUUCAGUUGCACGCAGACACCGAAGAGAUGCCAGCUGUUGAAGAGACGCAUGCGAACCCUGAAACUGAGCACCAACAGCCAACCUCGAGUGCAACUACUUCUUGGGCUAAGGAGAAAGCCGAAGACGCCCAAUCCAGCAAUCCCGACACUUCUUCCUCCAAACCCGUCCCGCAACAAGGCACCAAACGUAAAGAGACCUCGGACGAGAGACCCAUCGACCACGGGGCUACCAACGCGCUGAUGAUUUCAGACUUGCAUUGGUGGACAACCGAGGACGAUAUUCGUGGCUGGGCAAACGAGGUAGAGGCCGAAGACGAACUGAGGGACCUGACCUUCAGUGAACACAAGGUCAAUGGCAAGAGCAAAGGCCAAGUAUAUCUCGAGUUUUCCUCUCCACAGGCAGCAACGGCAAUGAAGCACAAGAUCGACUCCCUCGCUGGCAGCCAGCCUGGCUCGCGAAAACACUCGGUCGUGUACACUAAUGCUACCCAGAAUCCUUUCAAGACCCUCCCAAAAGAUGCGCCUGCUCGGGCCAGAGACGACAGACCAACCCGUGGCGGCUCAUAUAAUACCGGGCCCCGUCCUGACUCCAGUUACGGGACGAACAACCAAGGCUUUCGAGGUGGCCGAGGCGGUGGCUUCAACCGAGGAGGUUACAACUCGCACAACCAAUACAACCGCAAUUUCUCGGGCCCGAUGGGUGGCUACAACAACAACCAGAACAUGGGCUUUCAAGGCAACAUGGGGAUGGGAAGUAACUAUGGCGGCUUCAACAACCGGGGAGGGAUGAUGGGCAAUCCAAUGCGCGGUACCAUGGGCGGCAUGCGCGGAGGCCGUGGAGGCAUGAACAACAUGAUGCCCAUGGGCGGUGGAAUGGCCAUGGGUAAUAUGGGCAUGAAUCCCAUGAUGGCUGGCAUGGGAAUGGGAGGUUUUCAAGGCAACCAAUUCAAUCCGGGAAUGUUCAACUCUGGCCCAGGACCGAACUUUGGUGGCGGCGACUGGAAUCAACAUGGAGCGAAACGUCAGCGACAGGAGUAA